CUGUGGGUCAGCGGUCCCCCGCGGCCCGCGGGCGGGGGAGGGGGCGUUCCCACGGCCCCCGCCCCACGGCCCUCCGCCCGUGAUGUCACAGGCGCGGCGGGCCCGGCGUUCCCGGGUCGGCCUCGGGCGCCGGGCCGCGGGCCCCUGAGUCACGGACUGCCCGCGGCCCCUCCUCCAGUACUCCCACUCGCGCCGGCCCCCCGCAGGGGCUGGCGUUGGCGCGCGGCUCCGAGGGCGCGGGUGCCGGGGAUGGCUGUGCCCCCUUCGGCUCCUCCGCCGCGCUCGCCCGUGCACCUGGGGAGGCGGGCGCCGAGCGCGCGCUGCUCAUGGGGCAUGGAGGAGAAGGCGGCGGCCGGCGCGGGCUGCCGUGCGCCGCCGGGCCCCCCGAGGGCCGCCGCCGUCCCGUGCUUCGGCAUAUCGGUGGACCAGGACAACAUCCUCCCCGGCGCCCUGCGCCUCAUCCAGGAGCUGCGGCCGCGCUGGAAGCCCGAGCAAGUUCGGACCAAGCGCUUCACUGAUGGCAUUACCAACAAGCUGGUGGCCUGCUACGUGGAGGAGGACAUGCGGGACUGUGUGCUGGUCCGGGUGUACGGGGAGCGGACGGAGCUGCUGGUGGACCGGGAGAAUGAGGUCAGGAACUUCCAGCUGCUGCGAGCACAUGGCUGCGCCCCUAAACUCUACUGCACCUUCCAGAAUGGGCUGUGCUAUGAGUACAUGCGGGGCAUGGCCCUGGGGCCUGAGCACAUCCGUGAGCCCCGGCUUUUCAGGCUAAUCGCCUUAGAAAUGGCAAAGAUUCACACCAUCCACGCCAACGGCAGCCUGCCCAGGCCCACUCUCUGGCACAGGAUGCACAAUUAUUUCACCCUUGUGAAGAGCGAGAUCAGCCCCAGCCUUUCUGCAGAUGUCCCUAAGGUAGAGGUGUUGGAACAGGAGCUGGCCUGGCUGAAGGAGCACCUGUCCCAGUUGGACUCCCCUGUGGUGUUUUGUCACAAUGACCUGCUCUGCAAGAAUAUCAUCUAUGACAGCACCAAAGGUCAUGUACGGUUCAUUGACUAUGAAUAUGCCGGCUACAACUACCAAGCUUUUGACAUUGGCAACCAUUUCAAUGAGUUUGCAGGUGUGAAUGAAGUCGAUUACUGCCAGUACCCAGCGCGGGAGACCCAGCUGCAGUGGCUGCGCUACUACCUGCAGGCACAAAAGGGGACAGCCGUGACCCCCAGGGAGGUGGAGAGGCUCUACGUGCAAGUCAACAAGUUUGCCCUGGUACGCAGUGAUCCGAUUCAACCAGUACUUGGAGGUGAAGCCUCAGGUGUCAGCCUUGGAGAUGCCAAAGUGACCAGCUUCCUCGUCCCUCCCCCCACCUGCCUGGUCAGACCUGUUCUCCAGGGCUCGGCUCUGCUCUGGGUCCAACGCUUGGACAAGGUGGGAGAGGGGACAGGUGGGUGUCUAGGGAGAAGGUUCUGCCCCUGCUGCCAGCCCCCAGUGGAUGCUGCUGGAGACCGCAUUCUCUUGUUUGGAUGGGCUGACAGGGCCCAGCCCUCUGGGGGUCCUCUUCACCUUGCCAGACUUGGGGGAAGUACCUGUAGCCAGUCGCAACCUGGACCACAACCACCCCUGGGAAGCCCAGCAUUGCCAGUCCCGGGCCAGGCGGGAAUCUGGGCUGCCUUAGAUGUGUUUUUGACCUUCCUGGCUUGGGGAAGCGGGGAGGGCUCCUUUCUACCUCCAGUGCCCUGAGCCUCCAGCCCAUCCCCUCACAUGCCCCACGUGGGAGGUGCUGAGCCCAGACCAGCAUGGUGCCAACAGACAGACGGAUGUACCUAUCUUGUGGGGGGUGGUCUGGAAUUGGGUUUGAUGGCUCCCUCAGCAGCUGCCUCAUCUGAGACCCUUCCCUUUCUCCAAGCCAGAUCAAUCCAAUAGCCCCUUCCCCAAACCUCAACCCGAGAACUCGCGCCUCCCCCCCACCCCCCGCCGCCAUGCCCUUUUUGCUCUGAGCUUGUGUUCUGUCCUUCUGCUGGCUGCUGGGAGGGAGGGCAAGGGAGUGGUGGUGUCCUGGGCCUUCAGAGCCUGGCUCUGCUUCAUGCUGUGUUUUGGCUGGAGGGGACAGAGCCAGAGUGGAGUGGCUGGACAGCAGCCUUGUUGGCUCCCCUGCCCUCCAGGCCCUCAC